CUGGAUUCCAGCGUCCUAUUCCUCCUCGUGCUCAUCCUCUUCAACUCGGUCCUCUCCUCCUUCGGGAGCUCUCGUAGCCUCGAUGCCUUUCAUCGGACACAAAAGAUCACCAACAGUGUCGCCCAACAUGCCUUGGCUGUCGAGGUCAUCGUCUUACCAAUCAUCACCCUCUACAUCGCCUCGUCUCUCACAAUCCAACAGAAGCUCUCCGAGAACUUCACCACGAUCGAGCUUGUGUGGACCGAUAAAAAAUUACGGGCCAAGCCGACUUUCCAACUACUUCACGAUGAUCUGCGGGAGAUGUGGCGGAUGAUGCCGGGACUGAUCGCAUCGUUGAGGACACACAUCGCCAACCACCGGGCACACUUGUCCAGGAGUCACCUGAAGGACAUUAUUGUUCAGCUCAGCUUGGCCAUGAUCGAAGUCGGAAUGAUCACACUUGCCAUUCCUCUCUUCGUCAUACUGCCCGGCAUUCUAUUCGCAGCGUGGUUGGGAUUCUCGAUGAGCAUGGUUCUGGGACUCAGCUGGUUGAUGAAUGGAAACGACAUCAUUGUCAACUGCGACGAGUUCGGUAACAGCACUCCUGAAGCUGAGGAGGAUGAGGAAAAAUGGAUCUUUAUCGGCGGCAUGGGAACAAGUGCUACUCACUUAACACAAUGUACUAUCCCUCGGCUUGCACGCCUCUUCGGAAAGUCCUUCUGUGGUAUUCAAAUGGCCACAUACGGACUCCCCUUCGACAUGCUCCUCCUCGCUAUCCAACGCUGCUUCCCUUUCGAAACCCAAGCCUCAAGAGCCCUCUACGCCGAAGUCCGCACCGCUCUCCUCGACGCCGCCGUGGUCCGAGUGGCUGUUCUCGCCCAUAACAAUGGAACUCUGCCAAUGUCCCACGUCCUCGCGCGCCUUUGCGCCGAUAUCCCGGCCGAGAAGCUUAACAAGCUUGAAAUUUAUACCUUUGGUGCUGCGGCGUCUGAGUUCGUCGUGCCUCUCGGCGAGAGCCGCAGAUCUCGCUUCGACGAGGCCGUCGUCGACGAGCGCGGCCCACACAUCGAACACUUCGCUUACGCCAACGACCCCUUUGCCCAGAUGGGCGUUCUCCGUGCCGUGAACAAGAAGUUUGAUGGCCGCUUCUGUGGAGGCGUUUACAUCAUCCACAACCAGAUCCCCCAACCCUCGGGCCACUGGAUUCCCGACCAACGACCGGUCAUGUUGCUGACAGACUACCUCUCUGCUCUGUUCCCUGACCCGUCGUCCCCCUCGGCACCCAGCAGUCUGCUGGACUACGUUAUGAUCAUCGACCGCGACAUUGCCGAGCGUCGCGAGCUCGCUGCUAUGGCGAACCACGCCCAGACUAAACGAACCCGUAAGGAUAACCGCCGCCUCAGCUGGACCGGACUUGGAGCGACGGUCGGCGGGAAGAUUGGUAUGAUGGAUGGUGUCAUCGGCCUCGAGAUGGCACGGAGAGGAUGCCGUGAGUGUGAUGGCCAUCGCGGACGCGAGAUCAGCUGGUUGAACAGGUAUGUUCAGACCGGCUGGGUCGUGGAAAAGAAUCCGCAAGUCGUCGACGCUAUGGGUAUCGGAGGAUACCAAUAA